CCGAGCUGCCGAGUCCCUGGCGGAGCUGAGCCCGGGCCGGUACCGCUGAGGGCGCGGCGGCCUGUGGGGYCCCCGAGGCUGCGGUCGGAGUCCCUGCCGCCCCCCGCAGCCGGCAUGGAUCUGGUUUUAAACCGGGCGGAUUAUUCACAGGUGGGAGUGACCUCGCAGAAGACUAUGAAGCUACUUCCUGCGUCAAGACAUAGAGCGGCACAGAAGGUGGUUAUUGGAGAUCAUGAUGGAGUAGUCCUGUGCUUUGGUAUGAAGAAAGGAGAAGCAAUGGCAGUAUUCAAGACCUUACCAGGGCAGAAGAUUGCCCGACUGGAGCUGGGAGGGGUUCUUAAUACACCUCAGGAGAAAAUCUUUAUUGCUGCAGGAUCUGAGAUUAGAGGCUUCACCAAGAGAGGAAAACAGUUCCUCUCUUUUGAAACGAACCUCACUGAGAGCAUUAAAGCUAUGCACAUAUCUGGCUCUGACCUCUUUCUCAGCGCAAGUUACAUCUAUAAUCAUUAUUGUGACUGCAAAGACCAACAUUAUUACCUUUCUGCAGACAAAAUCAAUGAUGUCAUCUGCCUUCCAGUGGAAAGAGUACCUCAGAUUACACCCAUCUUGGCCUGCCAGGACAGAGUGCUCAGGGUUUUACAGGGUUCUGAUGUGAUGUAUGAAAUUGAAGUUCCUGGCCCACCUGCUGUCUUAGCACUGCACAAUGGAAAUGGAGGCAACUCUGGGGAAGACCUCUUGUUUGGAACGGCAGAUGGGAAGCUCGGGCUCAUUCAGAUCACCACAUCCAAGCCAGUGCACAAGUGGGAAGUUGGAAAUGAGAGAAAGCGGGGAGGUAUUUUGUGUAUUGACAGCUUCGAUAUUAUGGGUGAUGGGGUUAAAGAUUUACUUGUUGGGAGAGAUGAUGGAAUGGUGGAAGUGUACAGCCUGGAUAACACAGAGGAGCCUGUUCUGCGAUUUGACCUGGCAUUGUCUGAGAGUGUCACGUCCAUCCAAGGUGGUUGUGUAGGGAAAGACGGUUAUGAUGAAAUCGUGGUGUCCACCUACUCAGGCUGGGUCACAGGUCUAACAACUGAGCCUGUUCAUAAGGAAAGUGGACCAGGAGAAGAGCUCAAGAUCAAUCAGGAGAUGCAGAGUAAAAUUUCUUCUUUACGGAAUGAGCUGGAACAUCUGCAGUAUAAGGUGCUACAGGAAAGAGAGAACUAUCAGCAGUCUUCUCAGUCAAGCAAAGCAAAAUCAGCAGCACCUCCAUUUAGCAUAAAUGACAAGUUCACAUUAAAUAAAGAUGAUGCCAGCUACAGCCUCAUCCUAGAGGUGCAGACCGCAAUAGACAACGUCUUAAUACAGAGCGAUGUCCCCAUAGAUCUGCUUGAUGUGGAUAAGAACUCUGCAGUUGUCAGCUUCAGCAGCUGCGACUCCGAGUCAAAUGACAACUUUCUUCUCGCCACUUACCGUUGCCAAGCAAAUACCACACGGCUGGAACUGAAGAUCCGCUCCAUCGAAGGCCAGUAUGGCACACUUCAAGCCUAUGUGACUCCAAGAAUCCAGCCCAAAACCUGCCAGGUGCGCCAGUACCACAUCAAGCCCCUCUCUCUCCAUCAGAGGACGCACUGCAUUGACCACAGCAGACCCAUGAACACCCUGACGCUGACAGGCCAGUUCAGCUUCGCUGAGGUCCACUCCUGGGUGGUGUUCUGCCUGCCUGAGGUUCCGGAGAAGCCCCCAGCAGGAGAGUGCGUGACCUUUCACUUCCAGAACACCUUCCUGGACACCCAGCUGGAGAGUGUYUACAGAAAAGGAGAAGGAGUUUUUAAAUCUGACAACAUUUCUACAAUAUCCAUCCUAAAAGAUGUGCUUUCUAAAGAAGCUACAAAAAGGAAAAUUAACCUCAACAUAUCAUACGAGAUAAAUGAAGUAUCCGUCAGACACACUUUAAUGCUGAUCCACCCAAAGCUGGAAUACCAGCUCCUCCUGGCCAAGAAGGUGCAGCUGAUCGAUGCUUUGAAGGAAUUGCAAGUUCAUGAAGGAAACACAAACUUCCUGAUACCAGAGUACCGCUGUAUCCUAGAGGAGGCUGACCACCUACAGGAAGAAUACAAGAAGCAGCCUGCACACCUCGAAAGGCUCUACGUUAGUGGCAAAGCCUACUGUGGAACCUCUUCACCCCAAAUGCAUGCUUCUAUGCUGUGCUGAGUGUCCGCAGUCACUGGAGAGCCAGCUGAUUCCAGCCCAUGUUGAUCCCGAAGCCUGCCUUGCCUGAAUUGAUGAUGUGCCAGAGACUUUCUCACAGACAGUUAUAUAUACACGUGUAUAUACAAGUAUAUAURUGUGUGUAUACAUGAGAAAACAAAUUUUUGAGACAGGGUCUUACUAAGUUACUGAGACUGCCCUCAAACGUGGGAUCCUCCU